AUGUCCCCUAGUGUCACCCCUAAUAAUUACCUUCUCGGCCAAUCAGAUCCUGAUGCCCUGGAAGCCUGCAUUCUCUCCCUGAGCCACCAGGGGGGGCCUCAGUCCCACAGUGGGACAUCCAGCACUGAGUUUGCCUCAGCUCCAGUCAAGCUGUCCCACCCUACCUCCUCUCCCUUCUCUUCUUCUCCUCCUGCUCCUGUUUCUCCUCCCUCCUGGCCCCCACAGGCCCACCUGGACUCCCAGUCAGCCUUCUCCCUCCAUGAGGGGCGGGGGGAGGUGCCGGGGGCCUUGCAUGUGGCCCCGCAGCCUCUUCAUCUUGCUUCGCCAGGGAACCUCAGGGACCUGGGACAAGAACCCCGCCAUGAUGUGUCAACUUUAACAGACCUUUGUUCAGAUCUGCCAGAGUUGGAGAUAGUCAGCCUCCUAUCAGAGGGUCAGCCCAACUACACUCUUCGAGCAGACAGUGUGUUUGGAUACGACAAUGAUGACUGGCUACACACUCCUCUGCUGCCACCAACAGUCGUUUUGGGACUCACACAUGAGCAGAUUGAAGAGACGCUCAAGUACUUCUUGCUGUGCUCAGACAGAGUCGGCCAGGUCACAAAGACAUAUCAUGACAUCAAGGCAGUCACCCACCUGCUGGAGGAGAAAGAGCGGGACCUCGAGUUAGCAGCGCGGAUCGGUCAGUCUCUCCUGAAGCAGAACCAAGAACUGACAGCACGCAAUGAAAUGCUGGAUGAACAGCUUGAAAUUGCAAAGGAAGAGAUCGCUCAACUUCGUCAUGAGCUCACGAUGCGGGACGACCUCCUUCAGUUCUAUGCGAGCACCGAGGAGAUCGAGAACGCUGAAUCACACUCGCCAAUAAAAAGGAACGAAUCAUGCAGUACUCUCAGCAACUUCGUCCACUAUGACUUCCUGCAGCAGAAACUGAAGGGUUUAGAGGACGAGAACCGCAAACUGCGGCUAGAGGCCAACGAGCUCACAACAGAGACGAGCCAUUACGAGGAGCAAGAGCAGGAGCUGAUGAUGGUGUGUGUGGAAGAACUCUCCUCUGUCAAUAAGCAGGUAGUCGACCUUUCAGAGGAGCUAGCGAGGAAAGUAGAGGACUCUCUCCGACAGCAGGAGGAGAUCAGCUCACUGCUCGCUCAGAUUGUUGACCUGCAGGCCCGUUGCAAAGGGCUCACCCAUGAGAAUGAGGAGCUGAACCACAACCUGAGUGCCUCCCGUGAGAGCCAGCUAAAGCUUAAAUCAGAGCUCAAGGACCUACAGGACAAGUACUCACAGUGUGAGGACAUGCUCUGCGAGGCCCGAGAGGACAUCAAGAACUUGCGGAAUAAGAGUUUACCAAACAGCACGGUGCAGCGGUACACUGCGCUGGCCUCUGUCCUCCCCAUGGACUCACUGGCGGCAGAGAUAGAGGGCACCUUCCGCAAAGGCCUGGACACCCCGGCUCCCUCAGAGUACAAGAACCACCCGUGGCGUGUGUUUGAAACCGUGAAGGUCGUGAACAAGGCUGUUAGGCUGCGGUCUCGGUGCCACUCCCCAGGGCUGCCCGGCUCCAGCCCACCAGUGUCCACUCGCUCCAGUUGUACCAGCACCCCCCGAACCAGCUACUAUGGCUCAGAUAAUGCCAGUCUUAAUCUGGAGGACAAACCCAGCCCCAAUAAUGCUCAGAAAGAAGACAACAGUGGGCCAAAGCGUCUGGGCCAGCCAGGCACACCAGGAGGCCAGGACCUCGAAGCCGCCUUGCGCAGCCUGUCUGCCCGUCAGCAGAACCACUCCUCUGAGCGGCCUUUCUUUGAUGUGGAGCGUGAACGUAAACUCCAUGCCUUGGCAGUAGACUGUGAGGAGGGUGAAGGCUCCAGCGGCUUCCUGACACCAAACGACAGCUUGACCUCCAGCCCAGCAGCGUCGACAGGCACCAAUUACUCCAACGGCAGCUCACGGCACUCCUGUGGCUCCUCAGGAGGAUCCAGGUCGUAUCUGCCAGACCGCCUGCAGAUCGUUAAACCUCUGGAAGGCUCGGUGACUCUGCAUCAGUGGCAGCAGUUGGCUAAACCAAACCUGGGAGGCAUCCUGCAUCCACGUCCGGGAGUCCUGACUAAAGACUUCAAGGAGCUUGAAGUCGACAUACAGCACGUCUACAGUCUGAAUGACCUGGAGGAGGAUGAACCUGACCUGACACACCUCUCCGGAGCACAUAGCAUGGUCUCUCCAUCCGGUCCCAACCUCCCUCAGACCUCUCCCACACAUACCAUUACCACCUGCCAAGUCCACCAACCCUCCCUUCUCAUCCCCUCCUUCUCCACUAGCAUUCACUCUUUCGGCCUGCCAUCUUGUCGGAACUGUGAGCUCGUGAGCACUUCAUCGCCAUCCCAGCCACAUUUUGGCCUGGGAGACCGGACCACCACCACUACUACCACCACAAAUGUAACCAAUUCAUCACUGGGACUCCUGCAGCUGCUGCAAGAGCACGGCAUCUCAGCAUCUCCCUUUCCCCACCACAACCUGCACCACAGCCAGAGUAAAAAACCUGCACACCCCACAGCAAAAGACAAAGGUGGAGGCUCGUCACCGGACAAAGUGGGACGAAGGAACUUUUUCAGUUUGAACUUGGUGGAGAAGCUUCAGAGUCUGGGGCUGCACAGAGUGGCAGCCUGGGGGAUGAAGGGCCGCAAUAACGCAGAGAGAGAGAACAAGUUGCACAUAGUCUGAGAGUUUGACGAGGGCUGUUCACCACUUAACUCCUCUCUCAUUCACCGUAGUGACUUUGCAUUCAGCCAUUUGAUUCCCACUGUGCAGUUCAGGCCACCACAGCUUUGGGGGGUCUUGAAAACAAAAGCCACAGAAUGUGCUAGAGCCAUACUUUAAGUUGUUUGUAGUGUACAGUAAUAUUCUUUUCUAUGAAUUUGUGUACAGUAGUUGUUUGUGUAUGUGUGUGUGUGUGUGUGUGUGAUACAUCUUCAUCUCAGGACAAUCACCUGGCCACCUGUCUGUUUGACUGCAAAGCUUCUUUUUACACACAAAAAGAAGCAUCACGAAAAAACAAAUAUUUUUAUACUGUGUUUUGUGGUUGUUAUUUUACACAUUUUCUCUGCCAUCGGUUUUAAAAACCUUCAUCAUCUUUUUCAUCACAUUUUUUUUUUAGUUUCCAAAGUAAAACAUCACUAACAGUAUGUGUGUAUAUAACAAUGUUAUCAUUUGGGCAAGUAAAAAAAAGACGUGCAGUAAGUUAUUGUUAGUUGAAACCACGAACCAAACCACUGCUGUCACACUGAAGAACGUUGAAAUGCACUAAAGUACACUCUGGUCUUCCUGCUUAUUAGCUGCUACAUUGAGAAAAGCAUGUCAUAUAUAAGAUUGUCAAAUAUACUGAAUAAAACACUUGAUAAGUUGAUCAAGAGGCAUUGCGAUUACGUCUGCCCCAAACUGGCGGGCAGAAGAUACACUGACUGAACUGAAAACUGUUGAUAAUGUUGACAUCCUUUUAACUAUCUGCCCUACAGUUCAUCACCUGCUUACACAUGGCACAUGUUGUUAUGGCUGCACAUAGUACAGCAUCACCUUGUGGACUUUAUCCUGAACCAAACCUCGCACCAAAAACAAAUCAGGUUUGCCACGCUGCAUCAAAGACAGUAAACCAUUAAUGUAUAUUUACCAUACUGUGUCGACUGAAAAUCUUACUUGUGCAAAUCUGCUGUAUUUUACAUCAUCAGGAAUUUUAAAAUUGCUGGGAUAUAAAUGAAAUCAAAAUCGUUCUUUGGGGGGCGUUCAAAGUGAAUCCUCCCACGAUGUUAAGGGAAAUCCUUAUUUAAAGACAAGUAGUGGUCAUAAUAUUUAAAGAGCACGUUUCUUUGAAAUCUUUUUGAAUAAUCAACUGUAGCCAGGCAUAGGAUACUGUGGAUUAAAAAGGGAAGAAAUCAUAAACACAGGUUGUAAUAAUUUGUGUUCUGACUUAAAUCAACCAAACCACUGUUUCUCUACACUACUGUUUGUUCUGUGUUAGCAUCACAGCUCUGUAUGUCAGUGUGUGUAUACAUUUUACCACUUGUGAAUAAAACUUUGCAUUUCCAUCCAG